AUGAUCGAUUUUUUCAAUAUAAAUCAUCGAAAUUUUACUUUGGACGAAUUACACCGUUUGAGAGUCACUUCACAUGAAGUCCUCUUAUGGUCAUCUUCGAUCGAUCUUGCUGAACGAUAUCAAUAUUAUAUUGAUCAACCAAUUAAAUCUAAUCGAUUGAAUGAACAAUUCUUCAAUUGCACACCACCAUGGUUCGGAUCUCGUUGUCAAUAUUCAUUCGAAUUAGUGUCGAAUUUCGCUGAAACGACAUUCAACAUCCAGUGGAAAUCUCACACGACCGAAGCUAUUACUUAUCGGACAUGUUACAUUCUGUUAGAAUGUGAUCGUGGUGUUGCAUCAAUGUGUCUCGAUUGGCGUGAAAUAUGUGAUGGUCGAAUUGAUUGUUUCAAUGAUGGUGUUGAUGAAAGUCAAUGUUUCGAAUUAGAAAUCAAUGAAUGUAAUGAAAACGAAAAUCGAUGUCAUAAUGGAUUGUGCAUUCCAAAAACGUUUUGGGAUGGCGACUAUGGUGAGGCUGAAUGUCUUGAUAAAUCGGAUUUAUUGGUUAUGCCUGAUUGUCCUGAUACCUAUCUCCAAGUUGAUAUGUUUACCUGCUCAGAAUACGCAUGUCGACCCGAUGAAGGUCGAUUUCCGUGCGGUGAUGGACAAUGUGUAGAAGAUUUUGGUAAAUGUCAAAAUGGACGGCAUCUUCUGUUGACCGAAUCACUCAGUGUUCAAGGGAAUCUACCGUAUGAUUGUUGGAUAGCUAUGGUUUGCCUCAGUAAAAUCAUCGAUCAAGUCAAUGAAAUAUCAUGCAAACAGUUCGUUAACCUUUCUCAAAUUCUUCCUAGACUAGAAACUUGUGAAUAUCCUAUUCAAUUCCCAACUAUUCCUGUGCUCUUAGCUCAUGUACGCUUUUUAUAUCAUCCGAAACAGAUUUUUAACAUCAGUGUCGAAUUAGCUCUCUUACCCAAUUAUGUUUGUUAUGAUGAACAACUAUGCGAUUUUCUCACGCCUACAUUUCGUCAUGGAAAUAUGACUUGUCGAUAUGGUUAUGAAAUGGGUCUUGGAUCGGACGUCAAGAAUUCUCGCAAAGUUGGUUCUGGAAUGUAUCUUCAUCUAUCAUCAAUCGUUUCUGGUCUUGCUGUUAGUAUGUUGACAAUCAAAUUCUGGUUCAUGGUAUUUACUCAUAUUGAUCAAUCGAUCAAUCGUCAUGUUCUUCAUGGAGGAUGUGUAUUCCUUGAGAUAGCUCUCAAACUUUUCUUACAUAUGAGCAAUUGGCUCAAUGCUUGUGUAGCACUUGAACGAAUGGCAGCAGUUUUUAAAGGAAUUCAUUUUAAUAAGAAACAGAGUAAAUGUAUUGCACAAUGGACACUUCGCCUUUUACCACUCGUCAUUCUGGAACUUGUUGCUUUAAAAAUUUGUUUUUUCUUUAAAGCAAAUAUUCUUGUUUAUACAAAUUUAAAUGGUUAA